GGGCUUCGCCGGUCGCCAUCCCCACACUUAGGUCCUUGACCAGUAUGCCUAGACACCUUUUAAGUUGUAGAGACUACAUGUCGCCGGGCUAGUUCCUCCGUGUCAUGUGUGCCAUGUGUGACUCCUUUGCCAACAUGGCAGUCCAUGUGGUCACGCCGAGCCCUGCCAGAUACAAUUUGGACCAAAUCUAUCCGCAUGACAAGUUUGUGGACUAGUUCAUUACGUUUGGCAACUUAGUGAACCAAAGCAAACCUUUAGGAUAAAUUGGUGUACCACCAGUGCAGUUAUCUCUAAAAUAUACUGUAGUAACAACUCCCUCCAUUCCAUAAUGUAAGACUUUUUUUUUGACACUACACAUUAGUGUGAAAAAACGUCUUACAUUAGUAUGUAGCCAAGCUUCCUUUCCAUUUCAGGACUUGCAUGCUUCCAUUUCAAGGCGUGCGUUCAACUUACCCCCUUGUACCUUGGCUUAUUACCAUUUUUCUCCACUUGUAGAUUCUGUUAGGACCCUCCGAGUUUCUGGCCGAAGUUUCUGGAACAACUGGUUCCUCUACGCAAUAUUCUUCUGACGUUGUAACAUCCGUUAUGUUUAUUACCAAUGCUCGUCGGUAUGGACCUUUUGGAGGAGGAGGAGGAAUUCCUUUUCACAGUCCAGUGCUAAGCAAUGGCAGCAUCGUUAGCUUCUUCGCUAAUACUGGGAGGGUGGUCGACGCAAUUGGUGUAUAUGUGAAGCCAAAUGACAGGGGAUCAACGAAAGAACAGGACCCGGUUACAAAAAUUGGGCCAUGGGGUGGUGGUUCAGGGAGGCCUAGUGACGUGGAUGUGUUGCCACGACGUCUGAUAAGCGUGGUCAUUCAUAGCGGUAGGGUAAUCAAUUCACUUAUGUUUACAUAUAGUGAUUGCGAUGGUCAACAACACUCCGGUGGUCCAUGGGGAGGGACGGCUAAUCCUCUAGAAGGGAGCUCUCACACGAUUCUCCUUGGCCAGUCAGAUUUCUUGAUGGAAGUUUCUGGAACAGUAGGCUGGAACUCGGAAAACUCAGAUGUUGUAACAUCACUUUACUUUGUCACCAAUACCGGUAGCUACGGACCAUAUGGAAAUGGAGGCGGGACUCGUUUUCGAAGUCCGCUACAGAGCAAUGGUAGUAUUGUCGGCUUCUUUGCCAAUGCUGGAGACGUGAUUGACGCAAUCGGUAUCUAUUUUAGCCCAGAGAGGGAUACAAUCAAACAGAAGGUACCAAUUAACUUCCUGGGACUGUCCAGUGGUAGGAAGUUAAAGAUAAGAUUGAUAUGGUCGAAGGAGGUUCUGGGAUUUUACAUGGUAUGGCCAACAUAAUGUUUGAUGCUUCGAGAGAAAGGGUGGACAUAAAAUCUGAAUCUAAUGUCCUGGAGCAUACACUACUUGAUGAAAGCGUGGAGCCAACGAAUCUGCCGCUAGGACUUUUACAACACAUCACUGAGGAUUUUGCUGAUGCGUGACAAAUUGGUCGUGGUGGAUUCGGAAUCGUUUACAAG